AAUUCGAAAUUGAUCAUCGUGCCUCAAAUCAUUUUGAUUUUUGUUUUUUCCAAUUUGAUGAAAAAAUAAUAAUCGUAACACUAUGCAAAUGCUAGUCUUUCAUACAAUCGCCAUCCUUUUAGUGAUUGUUCCAACUUAUUCCUAUCGAAAAGUGAGACGUUUUCAUCAACAAAACAACAUUUUUAACGGUGCUGUUGAUACAACCUUUUUAUCGUCCGAUGAUUUUUAUCGAGCACAAAACAUGUCAUUCAGUGAAACGGAACCAAAAGCUUCAGUUAUAAUGCCGUUAAAUGAUCCAGAGAUGCAUUAUACUUAUUAUGAAGGUGAUAUGAUGAUACAAGAAAGUGAUGAGAAAAAGGUUGCAAUGUAUACUGCUAAAAGAUGGCCAUACGGUCGCAUUCCUUAUGUAAUGGAGAAUAAAUUUACCGAUCAAGAACGAGCUGCUAUUGCCCGUGGUAUGAUGAUAUUGCAGGAAAGAACAUGUAUACGUUUUGUACCAAAAAAACAAAACGAUCAUGAUUAUGUUCUAAUAAAACGUGGUCCAGGCUGUGCAGCACACGUAGGUAAAAUUGGUGGACAACAAUGGGUUAUACUUGGACAAGGUUGCUAUGGCAUCGAAACAGUCACGCAUGAAUUAAUGCAUUCGGUCGGUUUUAUUCAUGAACAAUCACGACCAGAUAGAGAUGAACAUGUGGAAAUUGUUUGGAACAAUAUCAAAUCGACUGCUAAACGAAAUUUUCGUAAACAUGAAACUGAUUAUCUGGCUGAUCAUGGAUUUCCAUACGAUCUAAUGUCUGUUAUGCAUUAUCGACAAUAUGCAUUCUCAAAAAAUCGUAAACCAACCAUCCUACCAAAACGUCCGGUACCUUAUUUACGUUGUCGUGAUCAAAAUGGUCAUCAUAGAAAUCAUUUUAGAAAUUAUAAUAAUGAUCAAUAUGGUGAACAAAAUGAUCAAACAAAACCACCAUUACUUUGUGAUCAAGAUAUAAUCACAUUGUGUAAAACAUUCUACGAUAUUCAUGUUGAACGUGUUAAACAAUUGAAUAGUUAUGAUGAUCGUAAUUUUAUUGUUCACAUUAGUAAUGGUGAUAAAUUCGUGCUUAAAAUAACCAAUUCACAUGAUAGUGAACAGCCAGGUCUAUUGGAUGGCCAAAAUGAUAUGAUUUUAUUUCUUUCAAGCCAAAAUUUCAAUGUUCCUUGUCCAAUCAAGAAUAUCAAUGGAGAUUAUUUGGCUCGUAUUCAAUUACCCUUGAAUAAUAAUCCAACAAUCAAUUCGGCAAAAACUUUUGCGAUUCGUUUAUUUGUUUAUGUGGAAGGAAUUAUUCUAUAUAAUGUAUCGAUUGAUCGACAGCUACUCAUUGAUUGUGGCAAAUAUCUGGCACAAAUCAAUUUGGCGUUGGAAAAAUUUGACAAUAAAGUUAUUCGUACAAGAAAAUUCUUCUGGAGUUUAGCAAAUGUUCCAAAAUUGUAUGAUUAUCUUAGCUAUAUAAAAAAUCCUUCUCAUAAUGAAUUAGUUUCAAAUUGUGUUAAAGAUUUUGAACAAAUAAUUUUAUCAUCAUUCGAUUCGAUGAAACAAUCAUAUUUGCACGGAGAUUUUAAUGAACAAAACAUUAUUGUUCGCAAAAUCAAUAAUGCAUAUCGAAUAUACGGACUUAUUGAUUUCGGCGAUAUAUUCUAUGGUCCUCUUAUAUUUGAUAUUGCAAUUUUUAUUGCUUAUGUUAUGCUAUUAGACACUGAUUUUGAUAGCAUUCUUGAUGCUCCAAAGUUUGUAUUAAAUGGAUAUUGUAGCUUGAUACCAUUGGACAAUCAUGAUAUUUACAAAAUAUUGAUCUGUGCUCGAGCACGAUUAAGUCAAUCUCUUACCUUGGGGGCCUAUACACAUUCAUUUCAACCCGACAACGAAUAUUUAUUGACAACAGCCAAAAAAGGUUGGACCAUAUUGGAACGAUUAUGUAGUUUUGACGAUGUUCAAAAACAAUUGAUCGAACAUUGGAUGGAUGGGGCUAACACAUCAACAAAACAAUAGCUAAUCAUUAUUAUUGAUGGGUUUAUCCCGAAAAAGAAAAACACAGAAAUAAAUGAUUUUUUUCGGGC